AUGACGUACGAGAACCAGGAAGUACGGCGUUCUGAUCCUGUGAAGAGUCGGCCGACACCAUCGUCCAGCAGCACCCAUCAACUGCACGACCAGGAGGUGAGGUCUAUCCACCAGCACAGCACAGCACCGCCCAAAGGCCUGAUACAGACUGACAGCCCAAACUUCCUCUGCAGCAGCCUGCCGCUGCACUGGAGGUGCAACAAGACCCUGCCGAGAGCCUUCACCGUGGUUGCCCUGGACAACGACGUGCCGGAUGGCGUGGUUGUGAUAGUGAUGGCUGGCAAUGACGACAACAGCAGCGCCGAGCUACGGAACGCCACAGCAACCAUGAAGCAAGGUUACGCCCACUUCAACGACCUGCGAUUCAUAGGCCGCAGCGGCAGAGGGAAGAGUUUCACCCUGUCAAUAAACGUGCUGACUUCGCCUCCUCAGAUCGCCACCCUACACAGGGCCAUCAAGAUUACCGUGGAUGGACCACGGCUGCCGAGACGACAGAGACAGAAGGAAGUGAAGUCAGGAGUGUUCAGGCCCUCCAGCAGCAACAACACUGCCUCAUCAGAUUGUCGAUCUUUCUCCUCCUCUCUGUGGACCAGUGAGCCGUCGUUUUUGAGCCAGGUGACCUCCCUGACCUCCUCCUUUGCCCCAACUCCCAGAAUGCAUCACCUGCCUACCUUACCUUACUCCUCCCAGCCUCCCCCAUACAGCUCCUACCUGUCCUCUCCUCCACCUCCAUUGACCCACAAUGGUCCUUUCCAGCCGCCUAGCAGCUUUUACUAUGGGCCAAACCAACCGCUCCAAACUGCAGGGGAGGACCGCACCGUUGCCACACAAACACAAGCCAACUAUCUAGAAGGGGCGUAUCUUUCCAUGAGAGGGGAGGAGCCUGUCUGGAGACCUUACUGAUGAAUAAUGAGAAAUAUUCAGAAAUGCUCUCU